AUGCCCAGUACCUCUGCCGUUCUUGGUUUUCCCCGCAUUGGCCCACAGCGUGAGGUGAAGAAAGCGCUCGAGGCUUAUUGGGGCGACAAAACCUCUGCUGAGGAUCUCCUUAAAGUCGCCAAGGAGCAACGUCUUAACACAUAUGCGACGAUUAAGUCGCAGGGUGUCGACUUUGUGCCAACUGGUACAUUCUCGCUCUAUGACCACGUCCUCGAUACCUCGAACACUUUUGGUAUUAUUCCGGAAGCGUACGCGAAGUCUGGCCUCUCUCCGCUGGACACGUACUUUGCCAUGGCCCGCGGCCAUCAAAAGAAUGGCGUCGACCUCCCAGCUACGGAGAUGAAGAAGUGGUUUGAUUCAAACUACCACUACCUCGUACCUGAAUUCUCGGACAAGUCGGAGUUUAAGCUGAACGACACCAAGCCUGUGGAUGAUUUCGUGGAAGCUAAGGAAGCCGGGUAUGCUCCUCGCCCAGUUAUCCUGGGCCCGAUCACCCUUCUUUGGCUCGGCAAAGUCUCGAAAGAGGCCCAGGACCCUAACUUCGACCGCUUUACUCUUCUCUCGAAGCUCAACCAAGCGUAUGUUCAGUUGCUCGAGAAGCUUGCAGCUGCAGGUGCCACAUGGGUCCAAGUGGACGAGCCUAUUCUUGUCACCGACAAGGCCAAAGAACUCAGCAACGAGUUCAAGGAAACUUACGAACUGUUCCACAAGAGUGUGCCCAGUUUGAGCAUUCUUAUUGCCACAUACUUCGGUCGCCUCGAGGACAACAUUGACUUUGUGAAAGAGCUGCCCAUCGCUGGUCUUCAUAUCGACCUCGACCGUGCUCCGGAGCAGCUGGAGCCAGUUUUGUCCGCGAUCUCCUCUACCAAGAUCGGUCUUUCUCUUGGUCUUGUUUCAGGCCGUAAUAUUUGGAAGACAGACCUGGCUGCUGCGCUCAAGCUUGCCCAGAAGGCUGUGGAUAGCAUCGGUGCUGACCGUGUUCAGGUGGCUACAUCGUCAUCUCUUCUUCACACUCCAAUUACAACCGCUAAUGAGAAGAAGCUAAAGCCUGAAGUGCUCGACUGGUUCUCAUUCGCCACGGAAAAGUGUGGUGAGGUUGCCACCAUUGGCCUUGCUCUUCAGAACUCGAGUGCUGCUUCAGAAAAGCUUGAGGCGAAUGCGAAGAGCAUUGCCGCUCGUCGUGACUUUGAGAAGAACUCUGACCCCGCUGUUCGUGAGCGCGUGUCGAACGUAAAGCCUGAAGACUUUAACCGCAAGUCUCCGUUCUCUCAGCGUCGCGAGGUGCAGCGCCAGUUCCUUAAGCUUCCUCCCUUCCCAACGACAACGAUUGGUUCAUUCCCCCAGACGAAGGAGAUUCGCCAGUACCGUGCUCGUUUCUCAAAGGGCGAGAUCACUCAGGAGGAGUACGAAAAGUUCCUAGAGAGCGAGAUCAAAUCUGUGGUUGAGAAGCAGGAGGCCUUGGGUCUUGACGUGCUUGUUCACGGUGAGCCAGAGCGCAAUGAUAUGGUUCAGUACUUCGGCGAGCAGCUUGACGGUUUCGUCUUCACCCAAAAUGCAUGGGUCCAAAGCUUUGGCUCUCGUUACGUCCGCCCUCCGAUUGUUGUGUCGGAUGUGUCACGCCCGAACCCUAUGACUGUGCGCUGGUCAUCUUACGCCCAGAGCCUUACUCAGAAGAUCAUGAAGGGUAUGCUCACAGGCCCUGUGACUAUCUUGAACUGGUCGUUCCCACGUGUCGACAUUGGACGUGAUGUACAGGCCUUCCAGAUUGCUCUUGCUCUCCGCGACGAGGUGAUCGACCUUGAAAAGGCCGGCAUUCGUGCUGUCCAAGUUGAUGAGCCUGCUAUUCGUGAGGGUCUUCCGCUCCGUCGCAAGGAGUGGGAUACCUAUCUUAAGUGGGCUGUCGACUCAUUCCGUCUUGCUGUUGGCGGUGCCUCCAAUGGCAUGAACACAGCCAGCCAUUUCUGCUACUCGGACUUCAACGAUAUCAUGGACUCAGUCAUUGCGCUUGACGCUGAUAUGAUCUCGAUCGAGAACUCAAAGAGUGAUGCCAAGCUGCUCAAGAUCUUCCAAUCUACUAAGUACCCUAACGAGAUUGGUCCUGGUGUGUUUGACAUUCACUCGCCGCGUGUUCCGUCCAUCGAAGAGAUGACCCAACGCAUCAAGGAGAUGAUCCAGUUCAUUGACCCUAAGCUGCUUUGGGUGAACCCAGACUGUGGUCUCAAGACGCGUACUUGGGAUGAGUGCACUGCACAGCUCAAGGCCAUGGUGGCCGCUGCCCAAGAGGCACGCAAGAUGUUUGUUUAA